AUGGACGGACAUCCCGAGUUUGACGAAUGCGCAAUCGCCAGUGGUUCCGACUCGGAAAAUGAAAGUCUGACUCAAAACCUGCGUUUCGAACGGAAAUGUCAGAAAACAAACCUAUAUUCCAGUCGAGCCUUAAACGCAACAUCAUUACUCACUCUCGGGUUGAAGAAUAAGAUACACACAGCAAAGAGACAAUUGAACGGCCAACCUUCGAGCUUCCAUAAGCGCUCAGGCUAUCAACCUUUGAAGAAAAUCGACAUUGAAAGCAGUAAGAACAAGGGUUCAAGCGAUGAACCUAAAGGCGCUCUUCUAGCAGAAACAAUACAGAACCAAAUUUUGACUGAACUUCCUGAUGACGUUCAAGAAGGAAUUUCAAACGAACGCUCCAAAAAUUCAUGGCCCGCAAGCACCACACCAUGGCGAAAACAUAUUUCGGAUAAUGAUCGCCAAAAUUAA